AUGUCCAUAAAUGGCACGCUCUCGCACAUCACAUUCGUAUACCCGCAUGGCCAUGCAUUCCUCACCAACAUUUGCAGCUUUAUCGCCUCCUUCUCCAACUCUUACGCACUGCAGUUCGCGCCACGUUCUGUCCUCUCCGACAUGAAAUGGUGGUUCUCCAUCCUUAACGUGCCCAACAUUGCCCGCUCUCUUGCAUCGUGGGGCCCACUGCAGGACCUCGGCAUCUGGGUUGAUGCUUCCUCAUCCUGGGGUAUCGGCGUCAUUGUUUGUGGCGAAUGGAGUGCAUGGCACUGGCGUGGACUGAUCAAUGCAUGGAAGGGCGAAGGUCGCGACAUUAGCUGGGCCGAGAUGGUGGCGGUCGAGCUUGCUGUCCGAAUGGUGGAGGUGCUUGGCUACCACGACGCUACCAUCCUGGUACGUGGUGACAACAAAGGUGUCGAGGGCGCAUUCGCUCGUGGUCGCAGCCACAACUUUCAAGUAAACUCCUCCAUUCGUCGUGCGGAGGUUAUCACCAUGUCGCUGAACAUUCUCUUUACUGUACGCUAUGUCAACACCAAGGACAACUUGGCGGAUCUGGUCUCUCGCGGUGACCCCAGCCCCUUGAUGUCUCAUUGUCAACCCCCUUUCCAGCUCCCGGAGGAGCUUGCAUCCUUCCUUGCUAAUGUCUAA